UGUGUCAAUGUAAUGGACAUGCGCGUCGUUGCCGUUUUAAUUUGGAACUUUACAAGCUGUCUGGCCGUGUUUCGGGAGGAGUCUGCUACAACUGUCAACACGACACCACCGGCCGUUAUUGUCACUACUGUCGCGAGGGCUACUACAGGGAUGCUACCAAACCGGCCAAUCAUCGCAAGAUCUGCAAACGCUGCGAUUGUCACCCUGUAGGCUCCACAGGCAAAACCUGCAAUCACCUAAGCGGUCAGUGCCCUUGCAAAGAGGGUGUAACUGGACUGACUUGUAACCGAUGUGCGCGCGGCUAUCAACAGACCAGAUCCCAUGUGGCGCCAUGUAUAAAAUUACCGACCAAAGCGAAUAUGAUACAAGCGGAGAGUGCAGUGAGCGAGUAUCGCGAACCAGGCGGAGCCGAUGAUGAAAUGAAAAAAUGUGAGU